AUGGAUAAUUCUAGCUUAUGCUGUACUGUGAUCAUAGAAGAGCUGUCUGCAACUGGAAAUAUUGUAGCCAAAACCCAACAUCGGAAUUUGACACUGACACUAGGCAGAGAUGAAUUUCGUGAAAUGCAGCUAAAAAUUAUCUUUCCCAAAAAAGAGAGUAAAUACUCAGUUAAAGAAGUGCUGAUCCACAAGAAGUUUGUCAGAGAUGGGAAAGCUACAAUUAAACUGCCAGACUACAAGAUACAACUCCUGCUGUCUAACUGUCCUCCAGAUAAACUGCUUGUGUUUGUGAAAACAUUGCAGACCAAGUUAGACUGUUUGAAAAAGACUGGAUUCUUGACCCAAAGACAGAAACUAUUCUCAGGAAAACAACAUGAGUUUGAUGAGAUUUCACCGCUGACUCUGAAAGAUCUUCAGGCUUCUCAUGCCUCCAAAGUAGCAACUUCAACUGCUAUCACCAAAACAUCAUCUGCCUCAUCAUCUUCAGUGACCAGCGGUUUGAACGGGACUUUGAACGUAAGAAAGAGAACAUAUCCAGCAAAUGACAAUCUCAGUAGCCAGGUACAAGAAAGAAAUGCCAAACAGCAAAAACUAAACGCAGCACAUGAGAGGCUUAUGGGCAUGACUAAAAUCAAUGGUGUGAGUCCGUCGAAAAUCCUGGCUAAUCCUGUGCAGCUGACAGCAGAACAAACAAGAGUUCUUGAAGUGAUAAUGAGAGGGAAGAAUGUCUUCUUUACUGGGAGUGCUGGAACUGGGAAGUCAUUCCUUCUUAAAAAGAUUCUGGGUUCACUGCCACCAAACCAUACAUUUGCUACAGCCAGUACAGGAGUUGCUGCAUGUCAUAUAGGAGGGACAACUCUACACUCAUUUGCUGGCAUUGGGUCAGGAAAAGCACCCUUGGCUCAGUGUGUGGAGCUGGCAUCUAGGCAAAAGGUGGCUCAGCAAUGGAGAGCUUGUAAACACUUGGUUAUAGAUGAAAUCUCAAUGGUGGAUGGGGACCUCUUUGACAAACUAGAAACUGUAGCUAGGAUCAUUCGGAAGUCAGAUCAACCUUUUGGUGGCAUCCAGCUAAUUUUAUGUGGAGACUUCCUCCAGCUUCCUCCUGUAGUUGGACCAGGAGAAAAGCGCAGGUUCUGUUUUCAGUCUGAGGCUUGGAAUAAGAGCAUUGAAGUGACCAUGCAGUUGACGGAUGUAAAGAGACAGUCAGAUAAACGUUUCAUUGAUAUUCUCCAGCAUAUUAGGAAAGGCUCAUGUCCUGAACAUGUGUCAGCCGUCCUACAGGAAACAACCAGUAAAUGCAUACAACGAGAUGGUGUACUGGCUACCAAACUUUGUACCCACAAAGUUGACGUAGAGGCAAUCAAUACUUCAAAGCUGCGUGAGAUAAAUGGAGACAGUCGCAUGUUUGCAUCAUCUGACACUGACGAAGCUUAUGCGAAGAUGCUGAAUACAUUAUGUCCAGUGCCACAGUACCUUGAUCUCAAAAUCGGCGCUCAGGUAAUGUUAUGCAAGAACCUGGAUGUGCAGCGUGGUCUUGUAAAUGGUGCUCGAGGUGUGGUCAUUGGAUAUGAAGCAGAUUACCCAGUGAUAAAGUUUGCCUGCAAAGUGACUGAAGUGAUUAAAUCUGUGAGAUGGGUGUUCAAGAUUGGAGGGGGCAACACCAUCGUCAGGAAGCAGAUACCGCUGAAGCUAGCAUGGGCUCUCUCAAUACACAAAAGCCAGGGCAUGACCCUCGACUGUGUGGAGAUAUCCCUAGCACGAGUCUUUGAAAGUGGCCAGGCAUAUGUGGCUCUAUCCCGAGCCAAAAGCUUAGAAGGACUACGGGUAGUGGAUUUCAACAGAAGCUGUGUCCGUGCCGAUGCCAGCGUCUUGAAAUUUUACGACCAGCUGGAACUGAAACAUCGGAUGUUACAUAAUGGCAUUGAGGAUGAGAAUGAAAUUUUCCGGCCUAAUCCCAGCAUAUUCUCCAAAAAGUGA